CGGCUGCCGCCACCGGCCACCGCCCUGGACCUGAGUCACAACGCCCUCGUCCAGCUGCACCGGCGCUGGCUGGCAGCCCUGCCUCGCCUCCAGGCCCUCCGCCUCAGCCACAACCUCAUCGCCGCCCUCCCGCCGCAGGCCUUCCACAACGCCACGGCCCUGACCCACCUGGACCUGUCCUCCAACAGCCUGCGGGCCGUGGAGCCGCAUUACUUCGAGGGGCUGCUGCGCCUGGAGGAGCUCCUGCUCUACAACAACGGGCUCCUGCGCGUGGACGAGCGAGCCUUCGUGGGGCUCCGCAGCUUGCGGAAGGGCUACCUCAGCUGGAACAACCUCACCCGCUUCCCCUUCCGCGCCGUGCAGGGGCUCACGCACCCCCACCUGACCACGCUGGACCUCUCCACCAACCACCUGAGCAGCAUCCCCGUCGAGGAGGUCGCAGCCUUGCCUGCGUCCAUCAGAAACGGGCUGUACCUACACAACAAUCCCGUGCGGUGUGACUGCUCCCUCUACCAGAUAUUCUGGCAGUGGCAGGAGCAGCAGCUCAGCUCCGUGCAGGAUUUCCUGGAGGAACACACGUGCGUGGCGUCCGACACCAGGGCACGCUCCCUGGUGAGGUUCCUCCAGUACAAGAAGAUCUUUGAGAACUGCUCGCAGAGCCGAGCGCCCCCGGGCACCCCCGAGACACACGCCACGGCACUCGUCGGAGACCCGCUGCUCAUCAACUGCAACGUGAGCACGCCCGCCACGCCCGCCUACCUGUGGGUCUCACCGCGCCACGAGCCGAUCAUGCCCCCUGGCAACAGCAAUCGCACGGUUGAAGUUUACCGCAACGGCAGCCUGAAGAUCAGCGCAGCCGCGCCGUGGCACGCCGGGGUGUACGUGUGCAUGGCCCUCGGCAAGCACCACCAGCUCCACAAGACGCACGAAGUCAACGUGACCAUCCGCUAUCCCACGCUGGACGGGGAGUCCUUCAGCACCGGCCUCACCACCCUCCUGGGCUGCGUGGUGAGCCUGGUGCUAGUGCUCAUGUACCUGUACCUGACUCCCUGCCACUGCUUCCAAGGCGGCAAGCGAGCGGCUGCGCCCAGCCCUCCCCAGGAAUGCAGCGCGCAGUCCUCCAUCCUGAGCACCCCCCCAGCCACCGACGGGCCCAGCCGCAAGAUCAGCAGCAGCAGGCACGUGGCGUUCCUUGAGCCCACCAGCGGUACGAUCGGGCUGGCUGCCAAGAAUCCCAAGCUCCUGCAGAUCAAGUCGGACUCAGACUCCGUUAGCUCAGUCUUCUCGGACACUCCCGUCGGGCCCUAGGAGACGCCCUACUGCUGGCCCACGGCUGGGCACCCCCCCACUUCGUUUCUCAUGCGCCGCAGGGACGUGUGCAGGCCGGGC